GGGUGCGCGGAGCUCCCGCGGUGGCCGGAGCGGGGCGCGGAGCGGCCGCGGGUGCGGACCAUGGGCUGGCGGCUGCUGCUGCUGGCCCUGGCGCUGGGCGGCCGCGUCGUGGCGGCGCAGAACGACACGGAGCCCAUCGUGCUGGAGGGCAAGUGCCUGGUGGUCUGCGACUCCAACCCGGCCCCCGACGCCAAGGGCUCGUCCUCCUCGCCGCUGGGCAUCUCCGUGCGGGCGGCCAACUCCAAGGUGGCCUUCUCGGCCGUGCGGAGCACCAACCACGAGCCCUCCGAGAUGAGCAACAAGACGCGCAUCAUCUACUUCGACCAGAUCCUUGUAAAUGUGGGCAAUUUUUUCACGUUGGAGUCUGUCUUUGUAGCACCACGGAAAGGAAUUUACAGUUUCAAUUUUCACGUAAUUAAAGUCUACCAGAGCCAAACAAUCCAGGUGAAUUUGAUGCUGAACGGGAAGCCAGUGAUCUCCGCUUUCGCUGGGGACAAGGACGUCACCCGCGAAGCCGCCACCAACGGGGUCCUGUUGUACCUGGACAAGGAGGACAAGGUUUACCUGAAGCUGGAGAAGGGAAAUCUGGUGGGUGGAUGGCAGUACUCGACGUUCUCUGGCUUCCUGGUCUUCCCCCUGUAAAGUCGAUCUUCCCUGGGCUCGCCCUCGCCCCUGUCACACCAAGAUCGCUUUGUGCUCAAGGGAGUGGUGGCUCUUUACUGCUUCCUCACAGGUGGCUUUUUGGAUUCCCUCCGUGGAUUUUGGCCCCAUCUGAACUACUCAGAAGUUCCACCGAGUUCUGUGUGCUCGAAUACGAUAUCUUUGGACUGAAACUAAAGCAGACAAUAAAUAUCAGUGCUUAAGGUUACGGCCUGAAGCCGCCUGCAAGAUUUAUCCCAAUUUCAUUCCCCGGACUCACCGGAUUCGCGGAAGAAGUGGAUUUUCUUUAACUGUGAAAAGACUGGCACCGAGUCUUUCAUGUAGGAAGAGUUUGAGUUCAGACUUCAAGCAAGAGUUUCUGUGUUGCUGCCAAAGAGCUGUGCGUUGGUAUAUUGGUCAUGUGUCUGUCCUGGGCCUGCACUGCCACGAUCUGUUCCAUUGUCUUAGAGAGGUAAUUCUCAUUGCUAAGUGGCUGGCUUCAGUCCUCCUCUGCGUGUUGUGUGUUGGAUGGUUCGCCCAAAUAUUUAAGCUCAGUCACAACCGGGUCCAGCCUCCGUCAGUGUGAGGGGCCAUGGAUGUGUUCUGGUUGGAUGUGGAAGGGGUUCCUCUUUGCCACGCGCUGGUUCCUAAAAGGGGAAGCAGAUUUUAUCCAUUCAGGGUUAAAGGCGGUCAUUCAUAACUUUGCUUUGCCCUGCGGGACACCUCACAAUCGUUCUUCAAUUUUAAUUAACUUGAUUGACAAUUACUGCUUUGUUCAGCUCCGGAGGGAUUCCUUCCUCUUUGUCGGCUGGAGAUGAGAUCCUCCUUGUUUGUAUUUCUGUGUAUUUUCCAACCCUUCUGUUGUGUUAAAGGUCUUAUCUGGUUUUGCCUUAACUCCACAGGUGUACAAAGUUUCAGAUCGUUUGUUUCACAAAUAUGAAACCCAAAUAACCGGUACCUAACUCGGUACAGAAGCUUCCCAGCUUUUUGUGCAGGUCAUGUGAAUUCAUAAACUUAUUUAUCAUCUCAUUGUUCCGUAAUAAAGAUUAACAUACGUUAGCUGCUUUGGAUUUUGGGAGUCCCUCCAUGCUAUUUUUUUUAUUUGAUAUAAUUAUUAUAUGCAAAAUGGGAGACUUUUUGGGACUCCCAGAAAAUAUCCUGGGAGGCAGAAAAACUGCCAUGAGUUAGUCUGGAGGAGAUCAGAGUGAUCUAGAAACAACCUAUGCAUUUUAUUUAAAAGUAACAUUUAGGCAGAAAUCCUGGCCUCACUGAAGUUGGUGUUAAGAAUCACAUUGGUUCCAAAGGAUUUUGGUUGAAACCUCUGCUUUAGGUUCUGCCAUCAGCAUCCAGUGCCAUCAGGUUGAACAUUCAAUAAAAUGAUUUUCACAUGAGCUGCUGACGAAACCUCCAUUCCUCAUGCCCCAAAUACGCUGAAUUGAUGGAUCUUUGUGCCUUGCAUACCCUGAAGGAUGUGGCUCUAAAUUAAAAAUCUCCGUCUACUUGAAAAUGUCUGUGGGUGGAAGCACCCGCAGCAACCUGGGAGCUUCCCCAAAAGCCAGUUUGGGCUGGGAUUUGCUGCUUUUGGGAUCUGUUUCCAAUUCCUUCCCUUGCUGGCCAAGUGCAGUGUGUCCUGUUGAUAUUUCACAGGCUGGAAAUCUGAUUCAUGCCUGGUUGGUGCUCCUCCUAAAAAUAUCAGGGAACAGGUGGCGCAGCUUUGUGCCCAAAUUCCUGACUUUUCCUCACCCACCACACCCAGGAUUUUUUGGGCUCUUCCAGGAGGAUUGGUGGGUAUUUUGCACUCCUGGAAGUCGGAGAGGAGGUGAUUUUUUUUUACUCAGUUUUGUUCCUGUCCUGACCACUGCAGCUGGGGAAGAAGUGGAAGGACCUGGCAGGAAGGUGAAUGAUUCACAUCGCUGAGAAAUCCCGAAGAGUUACGAUGCCCAAUGAAAAUGUGUAACUGCUGUACCCCCAAAAUGUGUGUAUAUAAAUGUGUGUAUAUCUGCACUGCCUGGAACUGCAGAUCAUAGUUUGCAUGAUGUUAUAAAGAAUUGUCCUAAGAGUUUAUUUCAGACGGGAGCGUUGGUGUUUUGUAUGAAAUGGGUAAAAUCUGCCAUCUCCCCUUGCCCAUGGAUAUAUCUGUAAUGUAAAAGAAAUGUUGCUACUGAG